GUUGUCAAAUCACAAACACGGCCUCCAUGAAUUCUCUAUAGUAAUCACUUAGGUACCUGGCUCAUCAACAUUCAUUGGCCAAGUUCGAAGAUGUCGGCAGCUGCAAAUAUCUACAGAGAGGAGAUCGACUUUGUAGCUCUGGGAAAUGAAGACCCAGAUUUUGGUAAACUUUUGAAGUCAAAUGGCCAAUUGGAAUUUAGCGAUCCUAAAUCGGUUCAGCAGCUCACAAAAUCACUGUUGAAGCGGGACUUUGGUCUGAACUUGACACUUCCAGAAGACCGACUCUGCCCACCGGUACCUAAUAGGUUAAACUACAUAGUUUGGUUGCAAGAACUUAUUGAUACAUCAAGUGAUGAUUAUACCGACUCCUACAACCCUAAUCGACAAGUUCAUGGGCUUGAUAUUGGUACCGGAGCAAGUUGUAUAUAUCCACUUUUGGGUUGUGCUCAACGUGCUUCAUGGAGAUUUACUGGAACAGAUAUCGAUGACAGGAGCAUUGCUUUUGCUAGAACUAAUGUACAAAGUAAUGGACUGCAAACUCGGAUUCAGCUCAUCCAGACCAAACCAAAUGGGCCGUUGAUAUCUCUUGAUAAGACAGGUUGUGACAGUUUAGACUUUACACUUUGCAAUCCACCAUUCUACACUUCAGCCGAGGACCUAAUUUCUUCAGCAUCCCUUAAACAAAGACCUCCAUUUACAGCUUGCACCGGUUCCGAAACGGAGAUGGUCUGCAAAGGCGGAGAAGUAUCUUUUGUCUCACAGAUGAUAGUUGAAUCCUUGCAAUUAAGAGAUGGAGUUCAAUGGUAUACUUCCAUGCUAGGAAAGUUCUCAAGUUUAUCGAAAGUCAUUGAGCAGUUGAAGGAAUACAAAGUCGACAACUAUGCGGUGACAGAGUUCAUACAGGGCACUAGGACAAGAAGGUGGGCGGUAGCGUGGAGCUUUAACGACAGAAGACCGAGUGCUGCAGUAUCUCGUGGUUGUAAAAGUUUACAAAAGAGUCUACUGCCAUUCCCAGCAGAGCAAACGAUUACGGUUGGCAUACACGACAAAGCUGACAUCGCUGCACGACUACACGAUAUGUUAUCAAAACUUAUCACGCUAUGGAGCUGGGAGCCCGCGACAUCCGUUGGUACAGGCUUCUGCGAGAAAGCCGUGUGGUCUCGAGCGUCACGCAGGCAUCUAAACAAGACUAAUGAUGAGAAGUCAAAUGUUGCCUCGAAAAUUCUUCCUGGAGAUAUGGCUUUUGGGUUCAAAAUCUCAUUCGGGGAUCCCGAGGAAGAACCUCCCGGAACUAAAGUUGUUAUUCGAUGGUUGAAAGGCCACGACAGUGUUUUAUUUGAGAGCUUUUGUGGCAUGAUAAAAAGAAAGUUACAAGACAUGUGAUGUCAGCGCAAUGAAUUUUCCGAGCGCUAUCUGCCGAUCUGGGGAGCUACACAAUAACUGUGACGAGAUACAAAGGAUACACAGCCAAAUCCAAAGUUCCUCGAUCUAAAUGAAAGGUUCUUUUUUGACAAACAUUGAUCCUGUGAGAGGGUUCGAUUCAGCAACCAGGGCACAAAUAUAUGGGUAUGAUCAAUACGUGCAUCCUUCCAUUGCGAGUUGAAAGGAGAUGAAGGGGGUUGGAUUUGUAGUUCUAGUUACUUAUUAUUAGUAAAUUUGAUGGACCUGGACGCAAUGGACAAUCCGUAUCAAUAACAAAUCGUAUUAAUUUAAAACA